CGAGUGACGUAGCGUGUGACGCGCCGCGCCUGGCCCGUCUGCUUCCGGGUUGCUUCAGGGGCAGCAUGUGUUUGUAGCGUUUUGGAUUUUAAAACGAAAAUCUAAACUCUGACUUCUGGUUAAUAGAUCGUCAACAUGAGCAGCCAAAAAGGCAACUCUUCUCGUUCGCGGCCACAGAAGCAUAAAAACAGUGUGGCCUUCAGAAACGACAAAUACGGAGCCACCAUACAAGUGAAGAUAGCAAACUCGAAAAUCCAUAAUGGGCUCUGUCAAAGAUGCAAAGAUGUGUUGGAAUGGAAAGUGAAGUACAACAAAUAUAAAUCGUUGACACAGGCAAAGAAAUGUGUGAAGUGUUUCCAGAAGAACGUGAAAGAUGCAUAUCACAUCAUGUGUAAAGCCUGCUCGAUCCAGCUUGAGCUCUGUGCCAAGUGUGGGAACAAGGAGGAGAUAGUUAUUCCAAUAAAUCCUGAAGUGGAGGAGGAGGGUGAGCAAGGAGAAGAGGGUGACAAGAAGAAGAGACUGAGAAAGAGGAAGGAUUUGGAGGAUGAUGAUGAUGAUCUAAGUGACUUUGGGAGUGACGACGAUGAUGAUGAUGGUGAUGAUGAAGACGAAGACAGUGACUCCAGACCAAGGAAGACGCUCAACAAACUGCCUGUGCUCCCUGAUAUCUCUGGGGCCACCAUAAAAGACUGAAUUCACGAUUGGGUUUCAUUUCAUUGCCCAUUACAUUAUCCUUGAUAUGCUCCCGGAUCAUAAUAUUGGUUUGUAUUUACCAAGCGUUCUUUUUUGUUAUGUGUUAUUGAUCCGCUGUCAGAGAAGUUGUCGACGUGCUGAACUGACUUUUGAAUAAAGAGCUUAGGUCUGUUGAAGCGCGAUACGUUUCUCACCAUUGGUCUGUAGAGCAGUCCAGGCCAGUCUUGGCUCUGUCAUCUUGACAUCGCUCAGGAAGUGUUGUGUGUGUGGAAAGCACCCAUGACGAUGUUGCAAGCUCGGAGUCCACCUUCAUGGCCUUUGAGGCCGAGUCAUGCUAGGGCUCUGGACUGGGGCAACAUUACUUCCUGUUCCGAGUUGAGUUGCUAUUGUCGGUGUAAAAGAGGCAUAAUCUGUAGUCGUUACCCCAGACUCAUUAAACUGACUCAAAGUUAA